AUGAGGGAUGAAAAGAAAGAGAAAAUUGCCUUGCUAGCGGCAGAGUCGGAUCAACAACAUCAUAUUUAUACGGUGAUAUUUGGACAAGCACCGAUAUCGGAUAGUGAUUUUUGGCCAUUUGUUCCUCAAAAUGAAAUUUUGGAUGAUGAAGAUUUACCAAGCCCUGUUGCUGAGGAUGGUGACGGUGAUGAUGAUAUAGCAAUUCUAAAACAACAUGGUACCACAUUCGACAAUGUUGUUGAUCCUGAUGUUACAAAAAUCCUUUAA